UAAGUCAUGACAAAAUUUGAAAUAAUACGUGUUUAUCAAAUUGACAUACAAUUUUACAGGAAAGUUUAUAUCGCAUUUUGUUAUUGUUUAAGUAAAUAAUCAUGGGUUUAACGAAAGAAGAAAAGAAAGCGAAGAAGGAGGCGAAGAGAUUGGAGAAGCUGAAGGCGGAAAUCGAGGCGCGUAAGAAAUUGAAAUGUGAGGAGUUACAGCGAGAAAUAGCAGCCCAAGCUCGCAAACGUGGAGAACUUGAUAGGAGUUGGCGAGAGAUGAUGUUAAAAAUAAAGGAACCGGUGUUCAGGCAAGACAUAGAAGUGAUGUGGCACACCUUCGAAAGAGCAUUUGACAAGAAAGAUCAUUUGAUAAACUAUACCGUGAAGCUAAUGAACGUAGCUGACGAUCAGUUCCAACGGACGGUAGCGAGUUUCUGUGACACUAUCGAUACGAUGAUCAACAAAUUCCUUCAAGACUUAGAAUUUCUAUCGAAACACAAUGAUAUAAGGACAGCGAAUGUUCUUAAGGCCGGUGAAAAUGAAGCGGCACGGAUCAUAGCCGAUCAUGACACAGCUGAAACACAUUUACAAUUAUUACUAUAUCACGGACAUACAACAGCAGAUAACUUAGCGUGGACAACCAGAGGUGAAAACCUCGUUAAAGAAGACGAAGACCGAAAUAAGUACGCGAACGAAAGGGAAAAUCUACGCUCGUUUUUAGAGAACACAUAUAAUACAAUGUGGGAUGAAUAUAAAGCUGUAUUAAAAGCUUACAUUGUUGGAACAGCUGAUAAUCAAAAAAUGGUUAGGAAAUUGAGGCGCAAGGAGAACUUAAUGGCAGACAUAAUAGCGUCUCAGGCUAAGAAGAUUGCGAACAGCGACGGCUUACUGAAACGACUUAGAACUGAGCUGGCGGCAUAUGAAUCAGGGACAAAGCAAGCGGUGUUCAGAGACCGCCGCAACCGACAUAGGGCAGCUUGUGCACGUUUGAAAAAAACAUUGUUCAAUGGAUGUGACACAGACCAAAGUCAAUUGGCUAAAUUAGUUAAAGUAUCUGAUAGCACGAUUGAAUGGUUAGAAGCUGCUUGUAAGAAAGGCGAGAAGAUACUAAGAAUGGCUGCGCUUUGUCGCAAAUAUGAGACACAACGCGAAAAAGUGUUGCCUUUCGGUACCAACUUGCCUCAUUCACCGACGGAGACUAAAGUCAAUGUACGAAGACAGCCCGAAGAUUCUAUGGUUGUUAACGCAAUGAUCACUACAAGCGGCUUGACUAGGUUAUGGCAGAAGGUAUCUAAAGCAGAUCUAUCUAGAAGGGCUUUGUUACGCGAAAAAAAUAUAUUGGAACAGGAAAACGCUAUGAUAGUACAGAAGAUACAGGAAUAUCAGGAGAACAAAUUCUCCCCGGAAGCCCACAAAUACAAAUGUCUCUGCAACUCAGACAAGAAGAUAUUAGUCCAAAGCGAUAAUCGCCCGGUCGCUAUUGACGGUGUCAUAGAAAUAGCCAAAUAUCAAUAGAACAUUAACACAUUCAUGAUUGCCAACAUUACAGUACAAAUAUUUUCCAUAUUUAUAGCAUUGGCGAAGUUUGAAUGUCUCAUAUACCAAAGAGUGUAUUUAAUUUUGAAACGUAAUAUUUUGUAUACGCGAACGUGCAUGUUGCAAUGACAUAAGACAGCAAAACACAGAACAAGGCGCAAACUAUGCCAUUUGACCUUACCUACUUCCAAAUUCACGGGCCACGGCACGAUCCUGAUGCGUUUUACAAUAUAAUUAACGAAUUUGAAUCGAAUAAGUUGAGUAUAUGUUAAUAAGUUGAGAUGAAAAAAGUAAAAAAAAAAACUAAUUAACAUGUCACAUCUGAAAUUCAAAUUAUAAUUCGCUUCAAUAAAACAAAGGGCAAUUAUUUUUGCACGUAUAUCA